AUGCUUAAGAUGCUUGAUCUGGGGAUUAAACGCAUUGAGCUCCCCUUUUUGGGUCACCGAAUAGUAGUAUCCAUCCUUCCGAACUCCAGGGACACAGGAGGCGACAUUCUCCAACCUCAGACAUCUAAACACAGGGCACAUCAAAUCAUUUCACACGACAUGCAACUCCAUCCAGUUGCCGCCUGCUACUACUGCAACUGCUUCCUGAUCGUUUCUAUUUGCCACGUGCUUGGUGUAGUUCAACAGCCCCCAGAUAUGAAACGUCGCAAGGGGGAAAUCGCAUCGCCAUGCACCGGAACCGAAGGCCAUAGCCAGCAGGCACUUCUGUUUCAGCAUGUGAAGCAUUAUGGCGAGCUCGCCGUCGUGAUUGUACCACAUAUCGUUCUUCAUAAAUUCUGUAGGCAGCCCGAGGAUCGACUCGACUUCUCGAAUGCCUUCUUGAUCAAGUCAAAACUCAUAAUGUAG